UCUGUUUUGGCGCAUAUGAGCCGAAAAGCGCAACAUCAUGUUUUACCGCGAAGACACAAUUAUGAAGACACGCUCCCGCAACGCCCGACAGUUUAUUGAAGCUAUUUGAGACAGAUCUGCGCAUCUUCGGGGACAUGGUGCACAAACUUCUGCAGCUCAUCGCUGUAGCAGCAAGCCUUAUCCCACCUGAGAUGUGUGGUUCAACAGCAAAAACGAAAAAAAUUCAAGUGAAAAACAAUUCAGGUGUGACCCCUGCUGGGCAGUGUGGAACAUGGGUAAAGGAGCCCAGUGGAGGGUAUUUUACCUCCCCAAAUUAUCCUGAGAAAUACCCACCUGAGAAGGAAUGCAUCUACAUUAUAGAAGCCUUGCCCCGACAGUGCAUUGAUCUGUUCUUUGAUGAGAAGUACUCCAUUGAGCCAUCCUGGGAGUGCCGGUUUGACCACAUUGAAAUACGCGAUGGGCCCUUCGGCUUCUCUCCAAUCAUUGGCCGCUACUGCGGGCAGGAGAGCCCUGCCUAUGUCCGCUCUAGCGGGAGGUACCUUUACAUCAAGUUUGUGGUUGAUGGUGAACUGGAGGCCAUUGGCUUUUCAGCCCGCUAUAACUUCACACAAGAUCCUGAGUUUGAAGAAAUUGGGGAAUUACCAGUUCUACCAGCCUGUGACUUUGAGCUGAGUGGUCCGGAGGGUUUUGUGGAAUCGACGCAGAUAGCCAAAGAGGGCAAGGCACAGCUGACUGAAGCAGUGGACUGCAGGUGGUACAUUAAAGCCCCUCCAAGAGGAAAGAUCUACAUGCGCUUUCUAGAGUAUGAAAUGCACAACUCAAAUGAGUGCAAGCGCAAUUUCGUCGCCAUCUAUGAUGGGAGCAGUGGAGUGGAGCACCUGAAGAACAAGUUUUGCUCCACAGUUGCCAACGAUGUCAUGCUGGUGACCUCUGUAGGUGUGGUGAGGCUCUGGGCGGAUGAGGGGAGCAGGAAGAGCAGAUUUAAGAUCCUGUUUACGACUUUCCAUGAACCUCCAUGUGAAGGAGACACCUUCUUUUGCCACAGCAACAUGUGCAUCAACAACACCCUCGUCUGCAACGGUGUUCAGAACUGUGUUUACCCGUGGGAUGAGAAUCGGUGCAAAGAGAAGAGAAAGGCCAGCAUAUUGGAUACGCUGGACAACACUAACCUCACAAUCAUUGGAAUAACCUGCGGUCUGGUCGUCAUCCUGCUCAUCAUUUCUGUCAUCAUUCAGAUCAAGCAGCCUCGCAAGAAAUAUGUCAUCCGCAGACUUCCAUCUAUCCAAUCCUGCUUCUGCUUGAAACUUGUCAAAAUGUCCAUCCCUGACCACAAAUCUCUGAUAUUGUUCUGCUGGAGCUUGCUCUCCACCUUCUUUCCAGAUGACUUUGAUCCAGCUCUGCUCCACCCUGGUUUUGAGCCCCCACAUUACGAGCUCUGCACCCUGCGCCGUGCCCCUUCUGGUGACUUGACUGAUGCUGCUCUGGCAGAUGACUUUGAGAAGUUCCACAAACUCAGGCGUUCUGAAAGCAAGUGCAUCCGUGACCACCACUGCGGCUCUCAGCAGGGAAGCCUCCAUGGCAGCAUCCAUGGUAGCCGCAGUAACCUGAGCCUGAGGGAUGCUACAAUUGCACCUGAUGGGGGGGCCACCGUACCCCCGAUGUCACCGAUAAUGGUGAAACAGAUGUCUCCUCACCUCUCUCACCACAACACCCUAGCAGGUCGACGGAGCAUCCUGGUGAUGAAGCACAGCUAUUCACAAGAUGGGGCGGAGGUGUACAGGGCGGAGGAUGAGGAGGAUGAUUUGAUGAUGGAUGCUGGUCCCACCACCAGCCUCCACCACUUGCACCACCACCAGAUCCACCACAGCACUUCAGGUUUGGACCACACUGUUCAUCGUACGUUGUCUAAUGACUUCUAAUUUAUUGCAAGUUAGCAAAUCAGGUCAUCUUGCAGUGGUUUGUAUUGAAGUUGAUGGGAGAAAUUUGCACAAAAAAAGUAAAAAUCAGUUUGGGAAUUUUCUUUUGCUUCUCAACAGGGACUAAAAUCCAGGAGUUCUUAAAACUUAAUACAGAUCCUAUUUGAGUGUCUUUUUAAAAUCCAUAUUUGACAUUCAUUGAAUGGAAAUAGCAUACAAUUCAGCUUAUAAAUUCUUUUUAAUUACUAGUUUUAAUAUAUGUUACCCCAAGCAAAAGAAUUAAAUUUAGUAUAAAGUACCACACAGUUUAGGGCACAACUGACAUGAGUAAAAGACGAAAGUGAAGUAUAACACAGAUUAGUGAAAGAUAAAAAUCAUUCUAUUGGAUCCCAGUUCCCUUUAUUGUUCCUGAUACUUCUGCCCUCACACAGUACUGCAAAAUAUGUUUAUCUAAUGGAUGAGUAUAUACAGUCAAUUAUGUAAAUGAAUGAAUGAAUAUAUAAAUGAACGAACGAACGAACGAAUCUGGUGAUUGCAGUUUUUCUUACAUGUUUGGACAUUUUUCCACUACCAAAGCAAAAACAAAUGCUUUAGUAAAUGUUAGAUACUGUGUGUGUUUUCACUCAAUUGUUAAUUUAUUUGAAUAAAUAUUUUUCCCUGAAAGUCA